CUCAGACAUCCUCCUGUCAGCCGACUUAUUUUCCCGAGAAACGAACACUACAAAUACCAAGUAACAUCGUCUCCCCCUCUCUGGUAAUUAUUCUACGGUUUAGUUUCGACUUCUCACAUACUAUCGUCUCUCCCUUUAGCACGUUAGAUUACUGCAAUAUGGGUUUCAAAGCAGUUUAUCGAACCUUGAUGGAGCUGUUUCCACAGGUUGACUCACGCAUUCUAAAGGCUGUUGCUAUUGAGCACCCCAAAGAUGUUAGUGGAGCUGCUGAAGUCGUUCUUUCAGAGGUUCUUCCUUUUCUUACACAACAGUCCAUGGUUGACAGGCCCCUCCAUAGGGACUGCAGUCCAAGUGGGCUAUCAGAUAGAAGAGCUGAAAAUGAGGAACAAAAAAAUAUGGGAAGAAUUGUGGCCUCUUCUUUGGAAUCAAAAUCAAUAGCCAAAGAAGUUGUCUGUAAAACUGAUCUUACAAGUGCCACACAUUAUUCUGAUUCGACUUAUCAAGAAAAGGCACCGAAUCCACCUAAUUUGUUAUAUUGCGACAAAAAUGUUGACACCAAUCAUUUCCCAGAAAUUAAUGGUAAUCGGAUUCAAGGAAAUGUUGGAAGUGAGGAAUCCAUGUUGUUGGUGAGGUCUCAACAUCAAGAAGACAAUGUUCAGUCUGACUUGAAUAUUGAAGGAGAGGAAUUAAUAUUGUUGAUUAGGUCUGAACAUCAAGACGAAAAUGUCCAUUCUACCACAUGUCAAACUUCCAAAGUCACUUCAACUGCUCUGUCAUGUGAUGAAAAUACUGAUCUCCAUCAAUCAGGUACUGAAACUGUGGUGCCAGCUUCAUCAUUGGGUAAAUGUAAAGACUUUAGCAUCCAAGCUGGGCAUGAGCAAACUUCCCAAAUCAUGCCAAUUAGUUUGUCACAGGAAAAUGGUCGGCAUCAUAGCGAGUGGAAGGAUUUUGAUGGCUCUUCAGCUGGUAAUUUGGGUAGGCCUCUUAGUGAAAAAGGCCCUCAAGUGGAGUCAUGUUUAGAAGGCACUGGUUUGGAAGUGCGAAAUUCAGUGAUUGAGGAGACGCUAGGUGCUGCUGAAGAUGAUCUUCAAUCAGAACUUUCUGCCACUUCUGGUGGCAGUAAGAUCUCGGAGUCCAAUCAAGAGAUCAAAAUCGAUUUUCUGGAGGAUAUUGUUGAAGCCGCUAAAAACAACAAGAAAACUUUGUUUUUAGCAAUGGAAUCAAUUAUGAACAUGAUGAGACAAGUUGAACUUCAGGAGAAAAUUGCAGAGCUAGCCAAAGAGGAAGCUGCUAGUGCAGGCCUGGACAUUCAAGCCAAGGUGGAGGAACUUAAACAAAUGCUGAAACAUGCAAAGGAGGCAAAUGACAUGCAUGCAGGGGAAGUUUAUGGUGAGAAGGCCAUUCUAUCCACUGAAGCGAGGGAGCUGCAGGCUCGGCUGAUCAGCUUGUCGGAUGAAAGAGAUAAAGCUCUGGCAAUUCUUGAUGAGAUGCAUCAAACCCUGGAAGUACGACUAGCUGCAGCAGAGGAGCUAAGGAGAACUGCUGAGAAGCAGAAGCUGGAAAAAGAAGAAUCUGCACGAAAUGCUUAUGCUGAACAAGAAGCCAUCAUGGAGAAGGUGGUCCAGGAGUCCAAGUUCCUCCAGGAGGAGGCAGAGGAAAAUUUUAGGCUACGGGAGUUUCUGAUGGACCGUGGUCGGGUCGUUGAUAUAUUACAAGGAGAAAUAUCUGUUAUUUGUCAGGACGUAAGACUGCUGAAAGAGAGAUUUGAUGAGGGUGUUCUGUUGAGCAAAUCUAUUACCUCUAGCCAAACAAGUUGUAUCUUAGCCUCAUCUGGCUCAUCUAUUAAAAGCGUGGCAUCUGAUGGACUGAUUCCUGAGCAAGGGAAGAUAUUUAACAGCCCUAAAGGGAGAAGUCUGGCAUCCUCCAUUGAUACGCAGUCACCCGAGAGCCAACAUGAAGAGGAGAGGAAUAAUCGCAAGGAGCUGUUGGAUGAUGGGUGGGAAUUCUUUGAAAAUGACACAGAAAUGUGAAUCUUAGGUGUUCUAUAAAUAAUGGAUAUAGAAAGAAUAAUUUCUAAAUGGGUUCCAUAUUUGGUUGUGUUGGAGAUUUUGAUUUAGCAUUGUAUAGGUUAAUAAUUAUUGUUGGAGUUUUUAUAUUUGCUAAUCUCUAUUUUUCGAUUUUGUUAAAUUGACUGAUCAUAUAAAUAUGCCAAUCAAUUCAUCUAGUGAUCUUGACAUGUCC